ACUUUUGAAAUCCAACAAAUGUAACGGACGCGCCGUAGAAGCGCGUGUGAAUUCCAGGCACUCUAUUAGCUCUAAACCGUGAACAACUCGUUGAAGCCUCGUCUAACAAUCAACUAACAACAACGACGACGAAGUUUCUCUCCUCUCCUCUCUUUCUUUGGAUUCGCGGCGUCUCUGCUUCUCUCUUACGAAGUUCGUCGAGUUUGGCGCAAUUGAAACCCUAGAUUCUCCUCCCUUGUACCGGAGCGGCUGGACGGCUGUUUAAGAUUUUCAUACUGAUAAAUGGAUUUAGAUGAUAAAAUACUUGUCAAAGCUUCUGGUAUUCAAAGUCUUUCUUCCAGUGUACAGAGCACCCCGGAGAAAAAUGGGCAUUCUGAUGAUGCUUCAAGAAGCCCAGAACUCCUUCAAGAAUCUCUAAAAUCUGGUCCUAAGAAGGAACUUCUUCGUACUUGUUCUGAUAAAGACAAGAAACGCUCGGCUUCAUCAAAAAGCAAGAUAACAGACCAUUUGAAGACAAGUAGCAAGAUGAUUAAGAAGCAGGAUAAAAGAAAAGCUUCUUUGAGCCCCAACAAUCAGCCAGCUUCUAGGAAGCAAAGCAGAAAGGGAGAUAACCCUAUGCGACUGUCUCCUACCACUGAGCUGUCUACAGAUUUUGGAUAUUCUAAUUCGUGGAUCUGUAAAAAUUCUGCUUGCAGAGCUGUUCUAUCUACCAAUGACACAUUCUGCAAGAGAUGCUCUUGCUGCAUCUGUCACUUGUUUGAUGACAAUAAAGACCCUAGUCUCUGGUUGGUUUGCGCAUCUGAAUCUUGUGACGGGGACUCUUGUGGGUUAUCAUGUCACAUUGAGUGUGCCCUUAAACGUAAAAAAGUAGGGGUUGUCAAUCUUGGCCAACUGAUGCAGUUAGAUGGUAGCUACUGCUGUGCUUCUUGUGGUAAAGUUUCAGGAAUACUUGGGUACUGGAGGAAACAGCUAACUAUAGCCAAGGACGCUCGUCGCGUUGAUGUGCUUUCUUAUAGACUAUACUUAAGCUACAGGCUCCUGGAUGGCACCUCAAGGUUCAAACAACUACAUGGGAUUGUAAAAGAUGCAAAAACUAAACUAGAAAAAGAAUUGGGCCCAGUAAGUGGAAUUUCUGCUAAGAUGGCACGUGGCAUUGUCAGCAGACUCUCUAUUGCAGCUGAUGUGCAGAAACUUUGUUCUGAUGCUAUUGACAAAGCAGAUGAAUGGCUGGCUACCAUUUCUAAUGUUAAUUCAAACUAUAGAGACUCACUUCCUGCUGCUUGCAAAUUCCUAUUUGAAGAAAUAACUUCUUCUUCCGUUGUGAUUAUAUUAAUUGAACUGCCUACUCCAUCAUCUAAGGAUGUUAAGGGCUACAAGCUCUGGUAUUGCAAGAAUCAAGAAGAGAAACACACAAAAGAGCCGGUUUGUGUCUUUCCAAGUGCUCAGAGAAGGAUUCUGAUAUCCAAUCUGCAGCCAUGCACUGAAUAUACCUUCCGUAUUGUUUCUUAUACAGAGGCUGGAGACUUGGGUCACUCUGAGGCCAAGUGUUUCACCAAGAGUGUAGAAAUAAUUCACAAGAAUCCAGAUUCUGUGGUUACCAUGAAUCGUAAGAAAGAUAAAGCUGUGAUUGAAAGUUCAUCUAGUUUCAACAGGGGGCUUUCAGUCAAUUGCCCUGGAUUCAAGGUUCGAGACCUUGGGAAGAUCCUGCGUCUGGCUUGGGCUCAACAGGAAGGCUGCUUCGAAGGAUUCUGCAGUGCUGAUUUGGAAAAAUGCUGUGGAGCAAGCAGAGACAUCAAGACUGAAACUCCAGAAGAAGAUCCUUUGCCAUCAGUUUCACGUGGGCUGGACCUAAAUGUUGUUUCAGUGCCUGAUUUAAAUGAAGAGCUAACGCCACCAUUUGAAUCAUCAAGGGAUGAAGAUAAUGGUUGCACUUUGGAGCGCGUAGUUGUGGCUGAUGAAGAUGCUGCUUCUCAUGAGUUGCAGAAUAAUGGUAUGGCAAGAUCACAUGGUAGUGGUGACUCUCAGACCUGGAACCGUGGGCCUACAGGAGAAGUGGCAACUGUUGAUUCUCGAGGAGAGUUUAGCAAGAAAAGGGCAGCACAGUCUAAUGAAGAGGCGCACGACUGUGAUAGCACACUGAUAAACGGGUCACCAUUGGGUGCCUUAGAUGGGAACUUUGAGUACUGUGUCAAGAUAAUACGUUGGCUGGAAUGUCAAGGUCACAUUAACCAGGAAUUUAGGUUGAAAUUGCUAACAUGGUUUAGCUUGAGAUCAACAGAGCAGGAACAAAGGGUGGUCAACACCUUCAUUCAAACUCUGAUUGAUGACCCAAGUAGUUUGGCAGGACAGUUGGUUGACUCCUUUUCAGAUAUCAUAUCCAGCAAAAGGCCUCGCAAUGGAUUUUGUAGCAAGCUUUGGCAUUAACUGAGGAAGGGCAUCAUCAUAAAAUAGAGGAUUCUUAUUUGCUCCAUAUUAUUUCCCCCUUGCAAUUGAUUACCUCUAAUUGUUUACAAGUGCUUCAUUUUUAUUCCGGACAGGUUUUGUCUGGCUAAACAAGUUCGGUUGCUGGUUGUGGAGGCAGUAGUUCCUGAUUAUUCAUUGAAGGGCAGGCUGUGGAUGUGAAGUUUCAUCUUUUGGUGUACAAUGCACUUGCCAAUCCACAGAUUGCCCUAAUUUGCAAAUUGCAAUUGAUUCUGUAGGUUUUAAUUAAGGAGGACGCAUUUAUGGAUUAUAAUUGUUAUUGCCUUCUUUAGUUCAAAGAGGGAUACAUGAAUUGAUUUCAGAUGUUAGUUAAAUUUCAAUUUUUAUAUAUAUAUAUUUUUCUCUC